GCUAGAGAGAGAGAGAUGCUGGAUACUGACAUGGGAAAGGGGGCGCGGCCUAAGAAGAACAGCUGACCCGUGCCCUCUGCUGUCGGGUACUGCCCUUGCCCUGCAAGGAAUCGGAGAAUUAUAUAGGUUGGCCUAGGGAGUUCUUUUCCACGUGGCAUAGAUUGUUCUCCUAUAAAAGCCACCAGCAUUGGCUAAAGCAAAGUCCUUGUCUCUGUGCCUCUGAGUUGAAGGGAAAUGGUGUUUGGUGAAACUCUGUGGAUGCUGAUAUUAUAUACGACCAUUUUCAUUCAUUUCUUGCUGUUUGCAUGGGGAGCUUAUUAUCGUCUUACCAGGCUCCACCUGCCUCGAGGAAUGAACUAUCGUGCAAUAGUACUAUUUAGCGAUUUCUCUGUGGGAUAUUUCAUUAUACUGGCCACAUUUCUGGAAAAACUGGGCAUCUGCCACAGAUAUUCCGUUAUGAGGUCCAUUGGCAGGUUAACAGCAUUAAGGAAGGACUCAAACUUGAUAAUAAAAGACCUGGUUUUCGAUGGGGUGCCAGUGAGGGUGUUCUGGCCCGGAACACUUGCUGGGAACAGGAAAGGAAUCAUCUUCUUUCAUCCAGGUGUUGGACUAUUUGGAAGCAUUGAAGCCUCUCAAGGGAACUGCUGUUCUUUUGCCAGCCAAACUGAUUCAGUGGUUAUAAGUGUUGACACAGAAAGGAAUGUGGCCCUAGAGGUGAAAAGGAUUUCCAAUUCAAGGGGAAAUGCCAAAUGCGAUCCAGGAAAAUGUCAAAUGUUGAUGAUAUCUUAUUUUCUCUUUAGGUUUCAUUUAGCUCCUGAGCAUCCCUAUCCAGUCCCUGUACAGGACUGUUUAACUGCUGCAAUAUAUUUUCUGAAGAAUGCGAAGGAAUACGGAGUGGACCCCAGCCGCAUUGCCAUUGUUGGGGGGAGUAGCGGAGGCACUUUUGCUGCAGCCAUUUGUCAAGAACUGGUGACCAGAGAGGACCUCCCAAGAGUGCGAGCUCAGGUCCUCAUUUACCCAUUCCUCCAAGGAAUGGACUUCAAUUUGCCAUCCUAUCAGCAAAACCAUUCAGUUCCUCCCUUGUUUUGGAAAAGAACUGUCAAACUUGGUUUGACAUAUCUCACUGGGAAGACAAUCAAUGUAGACGGAGUUCUGAAAGGCGCCCAUGUCCCUCCUGAUUUGAGAGAGAAAUACCAAAAAUGGAUAAGUGCUGAUAACAUUCCAGAAGAAUUUAAGGCUAGGGGCUACAUUCCUGUAGUGCCUGCUCCAUUUUCAGAAGAACUUUAUGAACAAGUUAAAAGAGGUGCUGAGACAAUGUUUUGCCCCCUUCUAGCAGAGGAUGACAUAAUCCGCCAGCUCCCAGAGACUUUCAUUCUAACCUGUGAAUAUGAUGUUCUCCGGGAUGACGGGCUGUUGUACAAAAAGCGUUUAGAGGACAACGGUGUACCAGUGACAUAUCAUCAUCUUCCAGAUGGAUUCCAUGGAAUAUUGGGCGCUGCUGGUUGCGGGCCACUUGAAUUUCCAAGCACAAAGAAAUGUAUGCAGCAUGUAGUAGAGUUCUUAAAAGGUUUAUAGAAAUGAAUGACCUUCUUUGUCUUCCAAUGGCAGUCUUCCACUUCUGUGGAGGGAAAUAUUUUUCCUCAUUGUGCCAAUCCCAAAGUAAAAAGAAAAACUCA